GAGAGAGAGAGUGGGAGGAGCCGAUAUUCACUUGUUCAUAGUGAGCAGCAGUGAAUGAAAUGAAUCUUUAAAGAAAUUGUUUGGUUUAAGCUGCAGAUUUUUCUACAGGACACUCGUUUUUCUCUCUGUCUCUCUCUUCAUCUGUCUUCUCUCCUCCUCUUCCUCCUCCUCUUCCUCACUCCUUCAUCAUGGCGUGGCCCUGCAUCACUCGCGCCUGCUGCAUCAACCGCUUCUGGACUGAACUGGACAAAGCGGACAUCGCGGUUCCUCUGGUUUUCACGAAAUACUCGGACGUGGCGGAGGCGCAGCGUCUUCCUCACCAUCUUCACCGCCAUCAAAGAGCCGCUGCUGUCGCCAUAGAAACGCAGCAGCAGCCUCCUCCAGGAGGAGAAUCGCAGGUGAAGGAGGCACCGCCCGCGGCCGCCGCUGCCGCAGGAGCGGAAACACGCGGUUCUGCCGCGUCCGUCAUGCGACAAGACUUCAGGGCGUGGAGAGUUCGACCCGAACCAAGCUGCAGACCAAGAGACGAGUACCAGCCCACAACAGGCCCGUUCAACAACCAGACCCAGUACCAGAAGGACUACAAAGCCUGGCCCAUCCCCAAGAAACACGACCACCCGUGGAUCCACAGAACCGAGAGCGAGGGCGGUGUGGAGAAGAGCCAGGUGGAGGAGAAGCUGCAGGAGAAGAAGAAUAAGAAGGUGGAGGAGAGGAAGGAGGUGAAGGUGCAAGAGGAGAGGAAGAAGGAAGUGAAGACAGUGGAGGAGAAGGUGCAGGACAUGAAGGUGGAGGACAUGAAGGUGCCAGAGAAGAAGCUGGAGGAGAAGAAGGUUCAGGAGGAAAAGGUGCAGGAGGAGAAGAAGGUGGAGAUUAAGGUGCAAGAGGAGAAGAAGGUGGAGAUUAAGGUGCAAGAGGAGAAGAAGGGGGAGAUUAAGGUGCAGGAGGAGAAGAAGGUGGAGAUUAAGGUGCAGGAGGAGAAGAAGGUGGAGGAGGUGAAGGAGUCAAAGCUGGAGACUGUGAGGAGCGUGAGGAGGGAGAAGUCUGCAGAGAAGAAGAAGCUGGAGGAGCAGAGGAGAGACCGAGCAGCUGCUGAUGCUCUGAACAGACAGAUUCAGGAGGUGAUGUCCACGUCCAGCAGCUACAGGACUGAGUUUAAGGCGUAUAAAAAUGUGAAACCAGUGAAAGCUAUCAAAGCUCCAGCUCAGUAUAAACCACCUGUGGAGGAAACCAGUCUGGAGACCAGUUACAGCGCCACCUUUAAAGGAGAGCAGGUGAAGGCUCCGCCCAGUGACAACAAGCUGCAGGAGCGUCGGAGGAUACGCAGUCUGUACAGCGAACCCAGCAGCAAAGAGCCCAAGGUGGAUAAACCAGUGUCUCGUACCAAACCAAAAAAGUCCCCUGCGUCGGCAGCAGUGAUGAAGACGGUGAAGACGGUGAAGACGGUGAGGGAGAAGCAGGUGGUGAAGAAGAAAACGUCUGCCGUCGCUGCGGAAACUAAACCUGACGCCGUCGUCACAAAGAAGAGCAAAGAGAUCAGUAACAGACUCGCAGAGGCCCAACAGUGAAACCACUCACCGUCUCCACGGCAACCACCGUCACAUGACCACAAUCUCUGUUUCUGUCACUCGUUUGUUUCACUUUAAAUCAGUGAGUGUGUGUGCGUGCGAGUUUGUGUGUGUGUGUGUGCGUGUGUGUGUGUGUGUGUCUGUCUGUGAGUGUAUGUGUGUGAGUGUGUGUGCGUGUGUGUGUGUGUGAGUGUGUGUGUGUGUUUGUGUGUUGGCACUGCUGGUGUUGUUUUGCACACAAAAGCUUGAACUUUAUUGAGCUCAUGAUUUGCACAUUAUUGUUAUUAUUGUUGUUUGAUCUGUAACGAUAUAAAGAGCCAUCAGCUAAUCAAAGGGCAUUUUGACGUGUGAAUGAACGUGUGAAUAUUAAAAUGAUUGUAGACUUUUAUCAUCAGUUUUCUUUGGUUGCUAAGAAACCAAAUGACAUCACAUACCUGCUAACGGCUACGUGUGUGUGUGCUUGUUCAGCCUGUAGAGGUCAGUGUUUUCUUUUUAAUGAAUGCAUGUGUAGAAAUAAACUGACGACAUCAUAGUUUAAUCACACCAGCAACAUGGCUCCGCCCACAGCUGAAGAAAAACCAUGACUACUCCUUUAAUAUAGGAGGGAUACAGUGACUCAGCUGUCGUUACAGUGACUCAGCAGUCGCUACAGUGACUCAGCAGUCAUGACUCAGCAGUGGCUACGGCGACUCAGCAGUAUUUCGUGCCAUCUGACUCUGCCCCCUCCUCUGAGCUGUGAUUGUGUUAAUGAGACUAGACGUGAAGUUCAUCUGCAAUGUCACAUGACUGACACGCCCGUGUGUGUGUGACCUGCUGCUUCUGCUUUUUACUCCAACACUCUGGUGCUAUUCCUCUCUCUCUCUGAUCUUCUUCAUGUUCUUCACUUUCUUAACUUUCCUCAUGUUGUUCUUCAUCAUGCUUCUUCAUGUUCUUCAUGU